AUGGCCCACUUCACAAAUAAGAUAGUCGUAGGUGUGGAUGUUGGUAUAACGUUCACUGGCGUCGUUGUAGCCCAUAUGAUACUGAACGAAGAGCCCGAAUUUCAGGUCAUCGAGGAUUGGCCUGGAAGAAAAGCCUUAAAAGUCCCGACAAACAUAAGCUACCCGGGAAGGGAGCCUCGGUGGGGCUGGUGUGCCUACACCUAUCCCCCAACUUACGCAUGGUUUAAGCUUUUAUUAGACCCUAAAGGCCGCCCUACUGGGCCCCUGAACGAGUCGUUCGCAAGCUUGACAUAUCAAAGUCUGCUACAGGAAGCGCCGGAAAAGACCGCCGUGGACAUGACGCUUGUACAAUUCCGUUUUUCUACCGCCGUAGCCUGGGAAGAGGAAGCUCAUAUGGCCAUGCGGACGGCCAUUUCCCAAGCCGGAUUCGACACUAUAGGUCUGGAGAACGUUUUUCUCAGUUCUGAGUCGGAUGCGUCGGCCCGCUAUGUGUUAGAGCAGAAAAGCGAUAUGGUUCAGGUCGGCGAAAUCUUUUGCAUCUGCGACAUAGGCGGAUGCACCAUUGAUUCAGUCUGUUACUGGGUGGUGUCGAAGAAUCCAGCUUGGGUACUGGAACCCUUGAGCAAGUCCUCCGGUCAUAUCGGUGGUGCAAUUCAGGUCGACAUAUUCUUUCUUGCAACGAUGCGUGCAAGAUUUCCGGAGGUGUUCGCCAAAGUUUUCGAUGACAAUGGCGGUAUGGCAGGCCAAUUUAUGGCCAAAUUUACGGAAUUGAAAGAGACUUUUGAUGGCACCGGGGGAAUCCGUAGGCUGGUUUUGAACAUGGAUGUGGUUUCACUCCCUGAUGACGCUCACCGCCAUUACGACGCUCAAACUGGAGAGGUCCUACUUUCUGUCGGCGAUAUGAAGAUGUUUCUUGAGCCGACCAUUAAGAGUUCUAUCCAGAUAAUGGGCGAUCAACUCAACGAGGUUGAUAUGAUGUGUCGAAAAUAUGGAGGCCAUCAGGUCUCCCACUUGUUUAUCACUGGAGGGUUCGCUGCCUCUCCCUAUGCCAAGAGCGUGUUCAAGGUCUUCUGUGAGCAGCGAAAUGUGCAGCUAACCGUCCCGGACAACCCUGCCAUUGCGACGGCCUACGGGUCGGCCCUUCUAGGUGUUUUCGAUGUGUCAUAUACCAUGGUGAAUUGCGCCCGCACUUACGGAAUGCACCAUGACGACUUCAUGCCAUUCCUCAAAAAGGCAGGCCGGGAGCGACCCAUAAAAGAGCGAUUGGACCUGAUGCACAGCGAAGAAAAGGCGCCGAUCACCUGGAUAUUCAAGAAGAAUAACCAGUACCAGGCGGUUGAGCAGUACACCUGGGGAUUCGAGCUUCUGCAUCAGCACAACAUGCCGUUGAUCAAACCGAUUGCUAUCUACUCCGUCGACGAUCCCAGCCCACGCUCGAAGCCCGAAUUGCUCAACCCGGUUCAUUCAAAACUACUCGACUAUGUUCAACUCGGUCUGUCUCAGGUUGACUUGAGCCGCCACCCUCACAUAAAUGACAACGAGGGGCACACAUUCUUCCAAAUUCUUGUUAAUGUACAGGCCACCCUCUGUCUCAAGAAAGGGGAGUUGAGCUUUCAAUGUUUAGUAGGCGGAAUCGAUUGUGGCAAUUGCAAGGUCUAUACAGUUUGGGCAUAAAUUGCUCGAGAUGUCGCUGCGCGGCCCAGCUGGCUAGCUGGAUGGUUGGGUUUUCAACAAGACAUGGAUGAGCAAACGCUGCACCCGGUUUGUUCAGCCUCGGUAAACCGCUUUACUGUAGCGUGUAGCGUGUUUUCAUAUUUCGUAUUUCGUUUGUUACCUAGUUCGCGAAUUUCUUUCUUUUUUCUAAGUUUUAGUUUGCCAUCUUCUUCUUUCAUUCCUUGUUUCACUCACACUUUUUCUCUUAUCCCUGAGACUUCCUUCUUCAUAUUUGAUUUUAUUAUUUAUUUUAUUUUUGAUAUUUCCAUUACUCAUUUAUUUCGUUGCUAAUGAAUGGACGGCGAGACUGUUUUUUUGGAGGAUAUUUCUUUGAGUAUUCAUCGGAUCAGUCAGGACCCAGUAUGGAG